AUGGGGUUCCAAAUGAAGAUAAAGAAAAAAGGCAAAUCUGUAGGCUCAGACUCUUCUUCAACACCAAAUAAGAGCUCAGUGGCCUUUAGCAUACGGAAACGACAGCCUGAAGCGUCGAAAACAUCGAAAUCUACAACGUCGUUUGGACCUGAAUCAGAUGAAGAAGAUGAAAUAAUCCAUAAAAUUGACUCAUUUGAUACUAAAAAAGGAGGAGCUAUUGCCGACAAUAAAGCUAUUAAUGCCAGAGAGAAAAUUAUAAUACGACCAACUCACCUUACUACUCGACCUCGACCGAAAAUAGAGCGCAACACUAUGGCUCUGAUGACUAGAAUUAAUGCUAAAACUGAACAGGAACUUGAUCAGAAUAUUAUAGAUAACGACCUGGGUAUGGUGAUAAACUUGGAACAGUCUGAUGAAGAAAAAGAUGUGGAAGAAGCAGAGUAUGAUAAAGUACCUGUUGAUCAGUUUGGAGCUGCGCUACUCCGAGGUAUGGGAUGGAAACCUAAUAAUAAAAGAAAAGACUCGCCAGAACCCAGUUUGGAAAACCGAAAGAAAGGAGUGGUACUAGGAAUUGGGGCCAAACCUGUAGAAACAGAGUUAAUGGACGAUUUAUUCGACAAGAAAAAGUUACUGGUGCCCAUGGUAAAGAGGCUGAAAGAAUGA